GAUUUGAAUGGGAAGAAUCGCCACUGCGGCCGGUGUGGCAGCGCUUCAGAUAUGUUUUAGCCACAAACUCAUCGUUGUUAAAAGUUGAAAAAACAAAACAAUUAUAUGCAAGGAAUUAUCUUUCUGAAGAUUUGCAACUAAAAGAGAGACAGAAAUCUGUAUUUCUUGCUCAGUUUUAAUACAUGUAGUCUGCCCGCCAUGAGGUCGUGUUAUGGUCGACGAACUGUUUACCAGCUUCUGCUUCUGUCUGGACUAAUUAUUAUAUUACGCAGUGAACACGUUUAUUCACUUACAGAGAAGAACUUUACUAAUGUUAGCGGAACGAUAAGGCCUGAACUAGUUGAAGGACRGUAUGAGAACAACCUACACUUGGUUUAUAAUGUGAAAGUGCCAAGCGGAAAAAGGACGAAGCUGAUUUUCAACACAACGUUUGAUGUUUCAGGUGCAAUGCCAAACUGCAGUCAAGAUUCCUUAGAAAUAUUUGUUGGAUGUCAAAAGAAGUCACUUGGGAAAUUUUGUGGAGGGUCAAAGCCAUUGGACAUCUAUUCUAAGGAUGAAUGCAUAACACUUGUAUUCAAGUCAGACUGUAAUAAAACUGGUAAAGGAUUUGAAGCUUUUUAUUCAUCAUUUGACAAGGGAUCUUCAGUCAGCAACAACAGCGCAUGCAGGUUAAUUAGUGAUUUAUUUAGUAUUGUAUUGCUGAAGGGACUGGGAACUGAUCAUAGAGUAGCAAUAUAUUUACUCUGGUUCAGUGAGCAUUCACAACUUUCCAUACGCAGGUUCAGUGACAACGAACAAAGCGUUGAACCGAGGAAUUACAAUAUGAUAUCACCAACCAUAGACUCUUCAAAUUCUCUUUGUUUAAAUAAUAUUGAUUGUCAAACUCAAAAAUCUUUCAUUUUUAGUAAUUUGAMYCAGAGCAMUGUGGGUAAUUUCUUUUCRCCUCUCUGGCCAAACCAUUACUCUCCAAACUUGACGUGUGUUUGGAAACUGACCAUACCCAAUGGCUACAAGUCCAGGAUUUACUUCAUGAACCUCCGCAUUGAAGACAAUAAUGCAUGCAACCCUCWCAGCUUAGUGGAUGACUAUGUGAGAAUAGAAGCAUUCAAUGGGAAAAGCAAUGUUACUGUAGAGCGGCGAUUGUGUACRCAAUAUAGCGAUAAAACGUUCUUUGUCAAUGUUGAUGAAUAUCCUGUUGUYUAUGUGGCAUUCGUCUCUGAUAAAGAUAGUGUCGCAGUGGAACAGACAGGUUUUGCAGCUGGAUUUAUGUCAUACAAGCCUGGCGAUACAGUUGGUGACUACACGUGUGGUGAGAUAUCUGUGCCAUCCACGCCCAAUACAACCUCAGUGCCCAGUACAACCUCAGUGCCCUCUACAACCUCAGUGUCCACUCGUAAUCCAAGCGGCAAUGCGAUGCAAUCAUCAAUAUCUGGUGUGUUGAUCGUGAUAUUUUCGCUUUUGGCUGCUCUCUUCCAUCAGUAGCUUGAUGUGGCAUUGGUUACCACGAUUGAUCUUAAAGAUAAUAUGAUAGUUGGACUGUUUMUCGCCAAUCUAUUUCCUCAUUUACUACGGCCUGCUGGCUAUGUUAGAAUGCCUUUGAACCAAAUGUGGGCUCCCUGUGUAAUUUAAUUCUAGUAGAUAAAGGGCUCGCCAUUUGACUUUUGCAGGAUUGAUGCAGGAGAUUUAUAUUUCAAAUGAUCUACCCCUCCCUCAAAAAUCAAAUGGUUAGUCCCUUAACCAGUAUGUAGUUGCACCAUAAUGCUGUACAAAGAUGAAAUGAGAAAGUCGACUAAAUGACAAAUGUAUAAGCCAAACCAACGAUAAUAUGUGCAGACAGCAUAUCUAUAUUGCUAGCUGUAUAAAGACCUAUGUGCAUCCUUUUUUGCCAAUAAUCCAUUGCUGAAAGCUGCUUUCUGAUUGGUUCAAAGAUGUGAGAAAAUCGCGCAAAGGUUCACGGAUGCACGUGGGACUUUAAACACUUAGAAGAAACAUUAAUUGCACGGUAAAUUGUURUUUAGCUACAAAAUAUAGUUAAACAAAGACCAAUACUAGAGUAAUAUAUAAAAAUUUAUUUUGGUUUUCAUAAAGCCAUAAAAGCGCUUAACAGAUAUAUUAAUAAAACAUCUCCAGGUUACUAGACCUUACUAGUUGAA